CAACCGUGGUAGUACCGGUAUUACGGUAGUAAUGGUACGUACUCGUCGUACUCGUACGCUUAUCACCUAUAUUCGGAAGGUCGCAUGUAUCGACUCUUCUUCGUUAAUUUUCUCAACUUUCAUAUUACUUUCCAUUGCUCCUAGUUUUCAUGUUAUUCUGGAUGGAACAUUCGAGGAAUCGAUCACAACAUAUUUUACUCCACCAGAGCGAUUUGGACCAAAACAAUGGACUUCCCAAUUAGACUCCAACCCCUUGAGCGUAACAAGAGAAUCUUUUGGAAUGAAGAAAUCGAGGAAUAUCUUGCCAAACAACCCACACCUUCGUUAAAUUCCAAUUCGAUCGAAUUCGACGAGGACGCAUUGCAAUUAUCGCUAGAUGCAGUAGUGUUGGAACUUGAGAGAGAAUUGCGGAGGGCGUUUACAAACCGCAAGACUAAUGGCUGCGAUCCGAAUCUCGGGAGUGCAGUGAGGACAGGCAAAAACAUCCUUCGGUGGUAUAUUCAAAUUUACGUUGAGCACAGACAAGUUCAACAACGACGACACAAAAUUCAAGAUGGGCGCAAAAUGGAUAUACUUCGAUCACCUGGUAUUCUGAGCACCGUAGUCAGUAUUUUGCAAUGGAGUGUCGACAACGAUCUGAAGUUAGCCCGUGAUGCUUCACUUUACAUCUUUUACGCAACGUACAGUCACCACCCAGGGGAUAAAUCUGCUUCCAAUGGAAUUGAUCAUUUGAUUAAUCACGAAUCAUUCCCGCAAAUCGCCCUUGAAAUGCUCGUCGCAAACGACUCGAUUCCCCUUCAUCUAUCCCUGGUGCGUAAUCUGCAUUCCAUGACGGUUUCUUUUCCAGGUGCUCGGGCGACCAUACUUGACGCGAAAAUUCAUUAUGAUCCCCUGAGGGCCACCGAGUCAGCUCCAUGGGCUCCUCGAGAGCCAACCACAAUCAAUUUCAGUAAAGCGUGUUUGUCCCUGAUACGAUGGUUGUUAGAUGAUGAAUCAUCAUUCCCAACUUAUAAUCCUGAAGAUAAGGGUGCAGAGCUAGUUGUCGAAAUAUUCAACUGUUUUUAUGCCAUGCGAAAAGGUCAAGAACUAGCUGCGCCAUCCACUGUAAUAUCCACAGACGAUGGCGACCUUUCUUUAGAGAAACUGAUUGUUCGGAUAUUGAAAUUGUCACCUACGACCAAAUCCCUUGAAACAGCAUCCGCUGAAAACAUUUGGAAACAAAUCAACGAAUGUAAAUUAGCAGCAAUUUCUCUACUGAUGGAUUCAGAUGCUUCAUUCGGCGAAUACUUGAUAGAAAAUGGUUGUUUUGGGACGCUUUUAGAAGUUUUUGAACGUCAAGUCGAUUGCACCGUUGACAAUACAAGGUUAGAGGGAUCUGCAGCAGCAACGCUUUUGCCAAUUUUAAUUGUCUUGAACCGAUACUCCGUUGCUAAUCGAAAUAUUCAGAUUUUGGUCAAAGAUUUCGUCUUUCCGAGGGAAAAUGAGAAACGUAAUAAUCAACUUAUCAGGGACAGGAAAAAGACGAAUAUGAGUCCUUUGGAUGCACCGAAAGACACUUUACGAGGUAAACUUAUCGUCUUGUUAUCAUGGGUCGAUGGAUACGUGAAACGUUGCUCUGCGGAAUUGAUGUGGACUCUGUGUGAUUCAGAUUACAAUGAGUUCACCACUCGAGUUGGAUUAGGAAAUGCGCUUCCAUUGCUCAAUGCAAAGGGCCUUUCACCAAUUCCUAUUCCAUCAUAAAUGGUAGCCCUGUCUAUAAAGCAAGUCGAUGUUUGCCUUGCUGUAUCAGAGACAAAGGGCCAUGCCUUGGCGUAAACGUAUUGAUAGGAUAUCAGUUCUAUCUUAAAGGCACGCAUAGCUUCUUGUAGAGAUCAAUAAGGUCCCCCAAUUCCUUUCAGUCCUACUAGUAGUAACAAAGAAGAUGAAAUACUAGUCAAGGAUGUUUGUUAAGAAACCAACUGGUGUCAA